CACACCUCCCUCGCGCCGGAGCCCGGGAGACUUGCAGGUUGCUGGGCCCUCGCGCACCGGAAGCCUCCGCUCGUGCAAACAAGCGACCUCCUUUCUUGGUCAGGGGCGCGCGGGUCCGCCAGCGGGCGGUGUCGUCUGCGCGUGCGUGUGGGCGCGCGCCUGCGCGUCACGGCCCGGGCCCGGGUGGGGGGUGAAGAAGGGGCCGGCCUUCGAGCUACAGCGACGCAAGAUGGCAGCCACCACGGGCUCGGGAGUAAAAGUCCCUCGCAAUUUCCGACUGUUGGAAGAACUCGAAGAAGGCCAGAAAGGAGUAGGAGAUGGCACAGUUAGCUGGGGUCUAGAAGAUGACGAAGACAUGACACUUACAAGAUGGACAGGGAUGGUAAUUGGGCCUCCAAGAACAAUUUAUGAAAACCGAAUAUACAGCCUUAAAAUAGAAUGUGGACCUAAAUACCCAGAAGCACCCCCCUUUGUAAGAUUUGUAACAAAAAUUAAUAUGAAUGGAGUUAAUAGUUCUAAUGGAGUGGUGGACCCAAGAGCCAUAUCAGUGCUAGCAAAAUGGCAGAAUUCAUAUAGCAUCAAAGUUGUGCUACAAGAGCUUCGGCGCUUAAUGAUGUCUAAAGAAAAUAUGAAACUUCCUCAGCCGCCUGAAGGACAGUGUUACAGCAAUUAAUCAAAAACCCACAGGCCCUUUCCCCCACCCCACCCCCAAUUCCACUUCAUCGGUCUUCAUUUUCCACAGUAGUAAAUUUUCUAGUUACAUCUUAUAGACCUCAAAGUACUGGAAAGGAAGCUCCCAUUGAAAGGCAGUUUACCCUAAGAUACUGUAAAUGAUACUAAUUUUUUGUCCAUUUGAAAUACAUAAGUUGUGCUAUAACAAAUCAUCCUGUCAAGUGUAACCACUGUCCAGGUAGUUGAACUUCUGGGAUCAAGAAAGUAUGUUUAAAUUGAUUCCCACUAUGACUGGUGGGGCACGUCCAGCUCGACUGUGAAAGGACACAUCACACAAUCACCCUGCUGCUGAUGACACGGCCCGGGGCUCCGCCUGCUCCCCUCCCUGCCGCCUCCGCCCCUGGAGCCCUGGCCUGGGCCGGCUGGUUGAGGAGAUGUGAAGGUUUCAGGUCGCAGCCUGUGGGACUACUGCUGGGUGUGCGGGUGCUUUGCCUGCACCCUGCUUUCUUUCUUAAGUCUUAAAUGACGCCCCUUCCAAGCCAUCAACCCGUCCCGCUCUCUUCCACUCCCACCCUUGGCCAAACCAUAGAUUGUAACCCUCUGUUCCCCUCUGAAAUUGGCCUUCGGUGAGGAAUUCAGGGCUUUCCUCCUUCUCUCCCCCACCUUGACUGAGGGGUGCUGCUUUUCCCUCCUCCUCCUCUCCCUGGUCACUGUCACUACCCUUCCUUCCACCUGUCCACAACCCUUCCUUUGGCCAGAAGCCAUCAGGUAAGGUUGGAAAGAGUCUGACCGCCCUCAUGUAGUUUUGGAACCACAUUUAUUUGUUCUCCACCAGCUGGGAAAUGAAUCCUGGGCUCUGCCACCUGCUGUCACCGUCAGCCAAGAGCAGAGACCUGCCAGUGCCCCAUCCCUGUUGGGCAGGCCCGGAGCAAGGCUACACGAGGACACUGAGCACACGCAGUCCCUCUGGAUGGUUCCCUUUCCUCAUACGCACUUCACUUCAAGAUGCUGAAGAAGGCCUACACGGGCAUUGUGCGGUCACCCUUGCCUCCAUUUGGGUCUAGUUCAGAAUCUGACAGCUGGAACAAGGAACCUGGCCGGGUGCGGACUUUGGCUUUGGUGCUGCUGCUUCUCAGAUGCUCAGCAGAGACUAAGGAGCGGCUCGGUGUGCAGCGGACCUGGGACUGGCAGGCCUGGUCUCUGGCACCUGCUGUGCUUCCCACUUUCUGUUCAGGACCACUAAAUGCUGAGAUGUGGAUGCGUACUGAAAUAAAGGCAAUUCAUGCUGUUCCGGAGGGUUUUUUUUUUUUUAAACUGUGUAAAACCACCUUUUGAAACAGUAACUGUCAAGUCUGAAAAGCAAAGAUGUUUCCAUUCAUCUUUUUCUGGGGGAAACCUUAGUUCUAAGGAUUUAACAUCCUCUAAGUAAAGUUUCACUUAACAGUAUUCCAUAAGCAGCCUUUUUAUUGUCAGACCAUUGCCUGAUUUUAAUAUAAUAAAGUGUGCGUUAAUAUUUAA